UUAUUUUGUGAGCAAUUAUAAUGAAAUUCAAGUAUCAGAAACAAAUCAAGCCAUUCAAAUCAAUUAGGCGUGUCCUCCAGCUCAUAUCCAGUGCCAUCGGCAAGAGCUUCGCAUAUUUGGGCAGUCCAGCAGCUUGUCCGCUACAUCGGACACACACCAUUGACGGCUUCAAUCCCCACUAUAUAGGCUACUGUUCUCACUGCAAUCUGUGCGACUUCUGUCGUCUGGCCACAUUAUCUUCACUUGCGUCGCCAUGUUCGGCAGCACUCUGUACUUUGUGUUCUGGCGUUUCUACCGAUUUAUAUGCCCAGUGCGCCUCUUUCGCAUAUUCGGGUCGGAGCCGGAGCAAAUGAGGCAGAUAGAGGAGCGGCGUAAUCUUUGGCAAGAGAUUUGACAUGGCAACUAAUUGAUUGAUGGUUCCAUUGCAGCUUGCAAUAAAGAACAUUCUCGAUAUUGGCCUAA